AUGCGACGUAGCAUUCAGAGCCGCAGUGACGCCAAAGCUGUGGACAUCGCCAAUAUCUAUUCGUCGGACAUUCAACGGGUGAUCCAGUUGUAUGUAGUUCUAGGAAUCUCAGCCUUUGCUGGGCUCGUCGUCAUCGCUCUAUCGAUGCUGGCUGCAUUCUUCUUCACAAAGCAGACCAGUGGGUCAUACAAAGAGUUGAUGAAACGCAAAGAUGACCGCAUGAAACUCGUCAAAGAGGCCUUCGGUGCUAUCCAGAUAGUCAAAUUGAACGCGUGGGAAGGAAAAUUUGAUGAGAAACUGCUCGCUCUUCGAGAGUUAGAGCUCUCAGAGCUUUCGCGAUUCGUCUACGCCAUGUGCGGAACAAUCUUCGUAUUGUGGACGUCGCCGUUGUUCGUCUCAACUGCCUCGUUCGCCUAUUACACUCUGGUGAAAGGCCAGGUACUAACGGCUGCCAAGGUAUUCACUGCCAUCGCACUGUUUAAUCUACUUCGAGACCCACUACGGGAGUUCCCAAGUAUGGUCCAAAAGUGUCUUCAAGCCAAGAUUUCGCUAGAUCGCAUGGCAGAUUACCUUGCUCUUCACGAGGUCGAUUCGUCCAGUGUGACUCGGAAUGAUUCUUCCAUUCCAGAGGAUGUUGCGAUCCUGGUCGAGCAUGGAACAUUCGCGUGGAAUGAAGAUGCAAAGCCAGUAUUGGCGGAUGUGAACUUGAUAGUGAAGAAAGGUGACUUUGUUGUUGUUCAUGGACCCGUCGGCUCCGGUAAAUUUUCACUGUGUUCUGCCUUGCUUGGCGAGAUGGAGAAAAUGGACGGCAAGGUGACUGUAAAUGGCAAAGUGGCAUACUACGCUCAGCAGCCGUGGAUCCAGAGUAUGACCAUCCGUGAAAAUAUCCUCUUUGGACAAGUUUUCGACCACACCAAGUACCAGAGUGUCCUGAAUGUGUGCGGACUUCUCCCUGACUUGCAGCAAUUUGCCGGAGGUGACGCAACUGAGAUCGGACAGAAGGGAAUCAAUCUGUCGGGUGGUCAGAAGGCUCGUGUGAGUUUGGCACGCGCCUGCUACUCCGAUGCAGAUAUUUUCAUCUUGGAUUCACCUCUCGCCGCAGUCGACGCUAUGGUUCAGAGCGAGAUCUUCAGCAAGUGCAUUUGUGGCUUGUUAGCGGAGAAGACGGUGAUUUUUGUCACUCACAACCAGGACGUUAUCGAGUCUGGUGCAGAAAAACGCGAGGAAGGUCGAGUGUCGGCGGCGGUGAUUUGGCAAUAUUUCAACGCAAUGGGAGGACUCAAAGUGCUGGUGUUGCUGCUGCUGAUCCAGUCGUUGUGGCAGGGAUGUCAGGUCGGGAUGCUUUGA